AUUCAGUCCUCUUCCAGCCCUCGUCCCCGGCACAGCUAUAGAUUCGCCAAGAUGGCCGACAAAAAGUACCAGAUGGACAAAAAAAUCGGCUCCCUCAAAUACACGGACCUUCUUCCACAUUCGCAAGACCCGGCUGUCUCUGAAGCGCUGCUUCGCGAGCUCACCAACGUCCUCCUUGAUUUCGUAAAAGAGACGAAUGACAGGAACUGCAAGGUGCUCAAUUUCUACCACCCGGAAGACCUGAAGAACCUGCUGGACCUGGAAAUACCUGAUGAGGGGCGCUCGCUCCAGUCGCUCAUCGACGACUGUGUCAAGACGCUCAAAUACCAAGUCAGGACAGGACACCCUCACUUUUUCAAUCAGCUGUCUUGUGGGCUGGACUUGGUGUCGAUGGCUGGAGAGUGGCUGACCGCCACGGCCAACACGAACAUGUUCACAUACGAAAUCGCACCCGUUUUCAUCCUCAUGGAGAGCGUCGUCUUGGCGAAGAUGCGCCGGAUCAUCGGCUGGGAGUGCGGCGAUUCCAUCCUCGCCCCAGGUGGGUCGAUUUCAAACCUGUACGCCUUCCUCGCUGCCCGCCACCACAUGUUCCCCGACUACAAGGACAAGGGGCAGGCGUCGAUAGGAGCCCAGUUGGUCAUGUUUACUUCAGACCAGUGCCACUAUUCUGUCAAAAGCUGCGCGGCUGUAUGCGGACUCGGUACGGAAAACUGCGUUGAAGUCCCUUCGGACGAAAAAGGGCGCAUGAUCACGUCAGAGCUUGAGAGAUUGGUGCUGGAGAGAAAGUCUAAGGGCCAGAUACCGUUUUUCGUCAACUGCACUUCCGGCACAACGGUGCUCGGGGCGUUCGACUCCAUCAACGAAAUCGCCGACAUCUGCCAGAAAUACAAACUCUGGCUGCACAUAGAUGCCGCAUGGGGAGGAGGUUUGCUACUUUCGAAAAAAUACAGACACCCCAGGCUCACAGGAAUAGAAAGGGCCGAUUCUGUGACAUGGAAUCCUCAUAAAUUAAUGGGUACGCUAUUUCAAUGCUCGACGAUCCAUUUCAAGAUAGACGGGCUGCUCCUGAGCUGCAACCAGAUGGCUGCGGACUACCUUUUCAUGCAGGACAAGCUGUACGACGUCGGCUAUGACACCGGCGACAAAGUGAUACAGUGCGGACGACACAACGACAUCUUUAAACUCUGGCUGCAGUUCCGCGCCAAGGGAAUGUCAGGUUUCGAGUUGCACAUGGACCACUUGAUGGCCAUGGCUGAAUACCUCGUCGAGCGGCUCGAGGCUGAAAAGGACAAAUUUUACCUGAUCAUGAAGCCGGAGUUGGUCAACGUCAGCUUCUGGUAUGUACCGAAGCGUCUCAGAGGCGUGCCGCAUAACAAACAGCGGAUCCAUGAAUUGGCGAAGAUUUGCCCGAUUUUGAAGGCAAGGAUGAUGGAAGCUGGCACGUUAAUGGUGGGAUACCAGCCGGACGACAAACGGCCCAACUUCUUCAGGAGUAUAUUCAGCAGCGCCGCUGUCAACAAAGCUGACGUCGACUUCAUGUUGAAAGAGAUGGACCGGCUAGGCAAGGACCUGUAAGGGAUCAACUCUCCCACCCGUAGAAUUAUCUUAGUCAUCCCGAGUUCACAUAUUUAACAUUAACCAAAAAAGAAAUGAAAAAAAAAAAAAAGAAUCUGUGGUAAAGGUAAAUUUGUUGCUUUGACUGCAUUAACCCUUCGCGAACGUGAUGCCAUAGUCUUCCAGUUGUGUCUUCCAAAAACACGUGUUAUCUCACUUCAAAGCGUCCUUUUAUUUGUCACUCGUUGUUGUAAACUUUCAAAUUGUAUUGCUGUUACAUUUAUCUGAAGUGUCAAUUUAUUUUUUAGAGAUAUAUGGCAGGUAUAUUUGAUGGUAAAAGGAGUAAAUGUUUUCAAUCCACUCUUUAGAUGUAAAAAAAAUGACUCGGGGAUUCCUUGGACAGAGAUCGAACAACCAAUACAUCGAAACCUCUGUCCAAAAAAUACCCUAAGCUAAUUAAUUUUUGCCAUAUCGAUAGUUAUAUAUUAAAAAUUAUAUAUAUUUAUGACAAAUGUACUGUUAUAAAGAACGAUAUAUUUAUGUUGUUACGUAUGUAUAUUUUUGGGAAAAUUAUAAGCGGAUUAUUUUUCGAAUAUUACCGAGUUAAAAUCACCUACCUAUUUUACUGUUGAGACCUGUUUAACGACCCUUUAUUUUUGUAAUUUAAAGGCCUUUUCGCCUUAAGUUGACCUGUUUAAAAUUUAUAAUAUAGGUUAAGCAUUAAUGAGUGUCCAUAGAGUUUUAAAUUCGCAAUAAUUUAAUUCUAACUAGUGUUUAAAAAGAGCUUUAUCGGGGAAGAAACAAAAGUGUAGCAAUGCAAUAAUUUAAAAUUUUAUUGUUGAAAAACAAAAAAUUGUAUCUUGUACUAUUAGAGAAAAAUGUGUAUAAUGUAAAAUGUACGUCUUCAUAUUGAAUAUAUAUAUACAUAUAAAAAAAAAGAAAAACGAGUAAAAAAUAUUAUUGCGGGUGCGUCAGACGUUCCCGGAGCCCUAGGCUCGAGUUAUAUUUUUGUCAAAAUUGUUUUGUCAAAAUUUGUUAAUUUGGCGGAAGAGUCGCAUUUCAAAAUCAGACCUCCGACGGAUUAGGUUAGCAAAACUAUAUCUGGGAUAAUUAAUAAGGUAGUGGUCACCCCUUUUGACUCCAGAAUGUUUUGUAUACUUUAAUAAUUUAUAUCAAAUAGCAUAAUAAACAGUUACUGAACUCUUAAUGAAAUCGUAUAAAAAUAUACGUACAAACGGUCAAAUCCCUCUUUGAACUUUUUUUUAUAUAGACUUAAUGAAAACUUCCAAAGAAAAAGAACUAUUAUAUUUUAUCAUUUUAUUUCUGUUAUCAGUCAGUAAAAAAUUUGUUAAUUAUAGGGAGAAAUAACUGUGACCUGACAAUAUUAUCGGAGCCAAUAGGAAUGCUUUGUGACUAGAGGGAAUAUGCGUAAAAAUUUGCAAAGAAAAUAGGGUUAAGACUUUAACAAAACAAAAAAAAACUGCCUAUUUGUAGUUUUGACAUGGGCGUGAAUACAAAACGCCCUGAUAUAUAUAUAUAUGUGUGUAUAUAAUAUACUGUAAUUGUGUAGAGACAAUAAAUAGUGAGAUUACUGUGUA